GAGGAAAAGCAGCAGCACGCAACUGAACAACAUGCUGACUUAGAAAGCGAAUCGUACUACGCAGACGCUGUUGAUAACUCUGAGGGUGCUAUUCGACAAAGAACAAAGUCAAGUCGUCGAAACGAGAAUACUUAAGUACAAACAGUUCUUAUCUAUCAUCACUUGUCUUUACCCAACAUGGAGGCAGAUUCGUUGCGCACGGUCCCGCUCUCCCUUGAGUGGCGGAACGUGACGAUCCAGGUGGGGGACAAAAAGAUUUUGGACAACGUUUCGGGCUACGUGCCCGCCGGCGAAACGCUGGCGAUCCUGGGGCCCUCAGGUUCCGGGAAAACGACGCUGCUGUCCCUGUUAGCGGGCGUGUUUCGCUCCAAGGCACAGAAGGACACCUCGAUCACGGGGGAGAUCAUCGUGGGAACCGGUCCGCAGGCGGCCGGCCCCGCGCGGGUGCACGCCUUCAGCCGGCACAUGGCGUACAUGCGGAUUGUGGAACAGUACGACACGUUCCUGGGGUCGUCCACGGUGUGGGAGCACCUGCUGCUGAACGCCGCGCUGCGGCUGCCGGACAGCACGGCGGAAGAGCAGGAAGAAAAGAUCGUGGAGAUUCUGGACCGGCUCCGCCUCGCGGGCUACGAGGAGGUGCGGAUUCCGUUUCUCUCCGGGGGGCAGAAAAAACGGCUCUCCGUCGCGGAGGAACUUCUGUCGAAUCCGGCAAUCCUGUUUCUCGACGAGCCGACGUCCGGGCUGGACUCCACCGUCGCGCGGGAGGUGGUCGAAAUCUUCUACGACGACGAGCGCCGGGAGCAAGUGGCCCGGGAAAC